CCCCAAGGUCCAAAGCAGUAUGUAGAAUAGUAGAUGCCGUUUUUUGCCCCAAGGGAAAUGCCGUGUGCGCUUCACGUCCAUGCCCUUUUGUCUCGUUGGUCUGAUAAAAAAUUCUGAACCAGAGUAGAGACCGUUUCUCUCUGUUUUGGAUAAGCCUUUUGCUCGAAGACCCAUUUUUUUUUUUUUGGAGUUGUUUUAGAGGUUGAAGAAAAGGAUGGGCAAAAAAUUUGGGUUUUUUGGAAGCAAUGGUGAAGGACCAGAAUUUUACAGAAAUGAUUUGAAAGCUGGUGAAUUUGGACUUUGCUGGUAGAUUGAAGAAAAGGGUAGCAACUAGUUGAGUUUUUUUUAAAGAUCAAGUCAAAGAAGAAGAAGCAACACAGAGCAAUGGCGAUGCCUGUAGAGCCACCGAAUAGGGUGCAGGCUAUAGGUAAGCAUUACUUUUCAAUGUGGCAGACCCUUUUCGAGAUCGACACGAAUUACUAUCCGAUCAAGCCUAUAGGGAGAGGAGCAUACGGUGUAGUUUGCUCGGCGAUCAACAGGGAAACCAAUGAGAAAGUGGCCAUAAAGAAGAUCAACAAUGCGUUUGACUAUCCUGUGGACGCGUUGAGAACUCUGAGGGAGUUGAGACUUCUCAGACACAUCCAACAUGACAACGUGAUUGCCUUGAAGGAUGUCAUGAUGCCAACUCAGAGAACCAGCUUUAAGGAUGUUUAUUUGGUUUAUGAGCUUAUGGACACGGAUUUGCAUCAGAUCAUCAAGUCCUCUCAGCCUCUUUCUAAUGAUCAUUGCAAGUAUUUCAUUUUUCAGUUACUACGUGGGCUGAAGUACCUUCACUCGGCAAAUAUCCUUCACCGGGACUUGAAGCCAGGGAAUCUCCUUGUCAAUGCUAACUGUGACUUGAAGAUAUGUGAUUUCGGGCUGGCCCGGACCAGCAGAGGUAAUGAACAAUUCAUGACGGAGUAUGUCGUCACCCGCUGGUACCGUGCACCUGAGCUCCUGCUCUGUUGUGACAAUUACGGGACCUCCAUUGAUGUUUGGUCGGUAGGAUGCAUCUUUGCUGAGAUUCUUGGUCGGAAACCCGUCUUUCCUGGAACGGAAUGCCUCAACCAGCUUAAGCUAAUUAUCAAUGUCCUUGGAAGCCAACAAGAGGCUGAUCUUCGGUUUAUCGAUAACCCCAAAGCCCGGAGAUUCAUCAAGUCACUACCUUAUUCUAGGGGCACCCAUCUUUCCCAUUUAUACCCACAAGCCGAUCCGUUAGCAAUAGAUUUGUUGCAAAGGAUGCUUGUGUUCGACCCAUCUAAGAGAAUUUCGGUCACGGAAUCGCUCCUACAUCCGUACAUGUCGGACCUAUAUGAUCCAAGGUGUGAUCCACCUGCUCAAGUCCCCAUCAAUCUCAACAUAGACGGGAACUCGGGAGAAGAUGUUAGGGAGAUGAUGUGGAUUGAGAUGCUACAUUACCACCCAGAGGAUGCAUCUGCAACUGAUUAGAUGACAUUGUUUUAAGCUAAUGCUUGGUUUUGGUUGAACCAAUCACGUUGUUUAACCUAGAAGAACACCAUCGAGACAUCUGCCAUUGAACUUUGCAUUUGUACCAAUAUUUUGUUUUAACAUCUCGAUUAUUACCG